GGAAACUUAAAUAGUAAACACGCAGUUUUGACUAGGUGUGUUACAUACUUUAAAAUUAGACAUUAAAUUCACAAUGCAGUUUUCCUGGAUGAAGCUGGCUAUUUAUUUGCUAACAUUUUUAACCUACGCCUAUUCCGGAUAUGGAUCGAGCACAAUUGUGCAUCUAAGAGAUGCAAUUAUAGCGGCUGAGGCACUUUUCGGCGACGUCUUCAAGAAUUUCAUCACAAUUGUGCGCAAAUUUCGUACCGUACAUGAGGUAUUCGAUGCUGCCGUCGAGGAAAACUGUGUAUUUCAGUGCCCAGUGCCCGAAGGCGGCGGAACGCCACCGCGCGCAGUGCAAAAUAAGUUCUAUGUGCCCACCGCUGAUGGCUGCGGUUCUUUGGGUCUGAGAAUUAGUACGGAAUACCUACCCGCCGUCGAAAUGGAAGCUUGCUGCAAUGCGCACGAUAUUUGCUACGAUACUUGCAAUAGCGAUAAGGAGCUGUGCGACUUGGAUUUCAAGCGUUGUUUAUACAGAUACUGUGACAGCUAUGAAAAGUCUAUUGCCAGUGAUCUGAUGACGAAAGGCUGUAAAGCGGCCGCUAAGAUGCUAUUCACAGGCACCUUGACAUUAGGCUGUAAAUCUUACCUGGAUUCGCAGCAACGCUCAUGUUAUUGUCCUCCAGGCAAACCAAAUAACUUCAAUGGCAAUAAGUACACGAAUAGCAAGGAAAAACAGCAGAGGCAGAAGUACGGCUGGAAGGACCGUAACGAAAUUUAGCACCUGCAUAAAUAUGUUAUUUGGUUGUUAAUAAGUUCAUGUUAGUUUUUAGUUAUGGUUGUACUUUUCUACCAUUUUGACGAAUUUUUCUAGCUUAAUACCAAAGCUAGCAAGACUCAGUAUUUGUUUAGAGUGCACAUUUCACAUAUAAAAAUGUAUAAUUUAUGAUUUAACCA